CUCUUGUUCGAUUCUCAAUCCUGUCGUGCAGGCCUUUCCGUUCGUUUCGCAUUGUUAUUCGAUUUCUCUUCGUUUAGCUUUAGAAGCCAUUCCGACCUUAGUUUGGGAUAAUUGAGCAAUUGUGAAUGAUAUUGUUGAGCUUUUGAUGCUGAUCAUUAUGUACUCGUCUGUCCUUGCCCUUCUUGGCCUCCAGUCCUUUGUGGCUGCAUCGCCGAUUAUGCCUCUGUCUUUAUCGCGAAGAAACGUGACAGCUCUUGACCUGGCGGCCUUCCAAGAAGCCCAACAACCAGACUACACGGCAACAAAGGUCCUCUCCGGGACACAAAUACGGACAUCGGAUGGGCGAUGUUUAUUUGUCGACGAGCUAUCGGGGGAUUUCCGAGCUAACCUCACCCCGGUACAAGUGGCGGAGUGCGACAGUACGGACGGUCAGGGAUGGGAUGUCAUAACAGCCGGCAAGCAUAAUAAUGUUCAGGGCUCAGCGCUCAUUGUUAGCACUCUAACAAACGCUUGCUUUAACUUCGAUCCACGACGCGCAAGUGGUAAUCAAGUCAUCCUCUUCAGCUGCGGAGGUCGCGCAGAUGGUGGUGGCGACGUUACUGAUUCCCAGCUGUUCCCUUUCAACAGCAGUACCGGACCGAUCACAUUUACACCCGAGAACGAUUUACAGUCAUGCUUCGCCGUUAAGGGGAACGUUAUUGAUGUCGCACCUUGUGCUGCUGGAAAUUCCGAGCAGCAGUUUACAUUUAGUGGCAGCGCACCGACUGGCCAAACCACCACCCAAGUAUCGCAGACCGUUACCGUCACAGCGACCUCACAGAGCUCAAGCACAACGCUUAUCACAUCUGCGUCGGAGACUACUUCUUCACCAGCAGUAACGACUGAUGCGGCAGUUGGAGGAAUCCCCAAUCCCACAGAAUCUGUGCCCGUGUCGCGCGCGGGUGGCGUACUUCAACCUACUGCAGUAGCAGAAGCCCAGGAAAGAGACGACACUGCGACACGCGCUUUUACAGCCGUCAGUAUAAAGGCGCCAAACGGCCAGUGUCUCUUCAUCGAUCCAACGGCGGGGGAUUUCCGCGAGAAUUUGAUCCCUGUCUCUUUGGUGAAUUGUGCCGGGACGCCCAAUGAGAAGUUCGAUGUUAUCACCACCGGGAAACAUAACAACGUUCAAGGAUCGGCCUUAAUCGUGAGUAGUUUGACAAAUGGCUGUAUCAGCUUCGACGGGCGUCGUCCAGCCGGCGACACGGUGACUUUGUUCUCUUGCGGAGGACGAGCAGAUGGAGGUGGCGACACAAACGACGGUCAAUUGGUUCCAUUCACGGGCGGAACCAGUCUCGUCUUUGCGCCCGAGAGUGAGCGUAACGCAACUUGCGUUGUGGCUGGAGAUAGUCGGCUUGAUUCUGCUCCAUGUGCCAAUGAUGGUUCACAAGCUUUCACCAUCCUAGCAUAAGAAGGUCGCGGAUCGCAUUUCCUGAGGUUGGUGCUGCUCACAAAAUUAAAGGGGUUUGCCAUUCUCUGUAUAAAUACCAGAUUCAUUACAUACAUCUU